GUUGGGAAAACCUCCCAUUAACGGACAGUCGAACUCCGUUAGCCGACCGGGCUAUGUUAGCCCGGUCGGCUAACCUACCGUUGAAGGGCCGCUACCGGAAGCUGAUUUUCUUCAGUUUCUGUCGUGCUUACGUUCAACUUGACGUUAUUUCAGCAGGAAGUUGUGAACAGAGUUUAAAAGCUGCUGCAGGACUGCAGACAUUCACAGGAACCUGGACCAGCAAUGGCUCUGCUGAAGGUUCUGCUGCUGCUGGGGCUGGGUGAGUGUUGCAGUGAGUUCAGUGUCUCUGCAGAAGAGAGUCGUUGGAGGCCAGAACUGUAAAGACGAUGAGCGACACUAUCAUGUGAUGCUUGAAGGCACUAGUACAACACACACAUCUUUGUGUGGAGGAUCUCUGAUCAGUGAUGAGUGGAUUCUGACUGCAGCUCACUGCUGGGAGUCAGGUCCAGGAUGGACAAAUACAGCACUUAUAGGAGUUCAUCCUAAAGGACUGCAUAAGGUUGAAACUUAUACAAUCACUCACAAGGAGAUUUAUAGAGACAUCAAUAAUAAUGAACAUGACAUCAUGCUCCUGAAGCUUCCAAAAAAGAUAACAACAAUCAAACCAAUCAAACUACCCAACUGUUCACAUAUUCUCCCAGUCGGCACUAGGGUUCAGAUUGCAGGUUUUGGACCAGCAAUAACAGGACCAAAUAAUUUACGAAUUGACCAUCGUCCAUCUGAUCUUCAGUGUGCAGAGAUUAAGAUUUUGAAACAUGGCAGUUCAACAUUUUCUAGUCCUAGAUAUCAGUACGAGCACUGGUCCUGUACUAAAAGCUCCACGAAGGACACAUCUGCGGGCGACUCUGGUGGAGGAUGGGUGUUCAACAACCGGCUGUAUGGCGUUCAUGUCCGCACUGGUGAUCCGAUAUACGCAUGCAGUGCACCAGCUUAUUUCAUGGAUGUCUGUGGCUACAGGAAGUGGAUAGAUGACACAAUUAAACCACCAAAAAAAACUGGGAUUAAAAAACAGCUUGGGUGUCUGAAUUGUGGCUAAAUGUUUCCAGCAUCAAAAAAUGACAAAAUUCAAGUUAAUCUUUGAGUUUCAGUUGAUUUAUUUUCUAAUUUACAGCCAAAUUAUUUGGGGAUUAAAGUUACUGUGUACAAGUUGA